GAUAAGCGGCCGCAAACAUAUGUAGGAGGGGGAAAAUUACGCGGUAACUUUCGUAACGCGAGUGGUGGUGCCAGUGUGUGUCAGUCGAGUGGAGCAGUUUGCCAGAAACGGAUGGGGCCAUGGAACCUCAACAGAAGCCAGAAUACAGCGCGGAAUAUUUCCAGAAAGCUCUGGCCAAAGCUUACCAAAGCACAGAUCUGCGCGUGGAAAACUUUCGCAUCGAGGUUCUAAGCCAAAAUGGGGAGAACUUUUGCAGCGUCAUCUACCGCGUGGUAGUGGAAUUUCGCAAGUCAGCCGCCGCCCCCUUGGAGACGGGUCGCUACAUCCUCAAGGAUUUGCUGCCCGUCGUGGCGGAGCUGGGUACCAACGAGAAGACCAUGUUCGAGGAGCUGCUGCCAGCCAUGGGUGCCAUACUGGAGAGAGCGCCACCCAGUCUGGGCGAGCACAAGCUGAGCGCUGAUUGCCUCUUGGCCGAGGCAGCCAACGGCAAGGAGGUGUACGUACUGGAGGAUCUUGGCGCCCUGGGCUAUGCCUCAAUGGAUCGCUUUCGGGGUCUGUGUCGGGAGGAUGCGCAGAUGUGUCUGCGAAAGAUGGCCCAGUUUCAUGGCGCCUCGAUGAUCCUGUGCCAGCAACAACCCGACCUUGUGGCUAGACUUUCGCCCUCACAUUAUGCCAGUGGACUGUCGGAUCCCUUUGCCCAGGUCAUUGUGCUCGGUGGAACCGAAUACGUGGCCGAUGUGUUUGCCCAGGAGCUGCCGCAGAUAGCUCACAAAAUGAAGGCUCAGCUACCAGAUGGAUACUCGGAGCGAAUAAUGUCCGUGGUCGAUCCCAAGAACUCUGCCUUCAAUGCGAUUGUUCAUGGCGAUCUGUGGGUGAACAACAUGAUGCUCGAUCGAAGCAAUGGCAACGCAAUACUCGUGGACUUUCAGAACUGUUUCCUGGGCAGCCCGGCCAUCGAUCUGCAGUUCUUUUUCUACACCAGCCUGCAAUUGGAGGUGCUGCUCCACCAGCAGGAUGCACUGCUGCAGCACUAUUACCACAGCCUCACCGAUACCCUCAACCUGGGCGGCUAUUGCGGCUAUCUGCCCACCUUUGGCCAGUUAAUGGACGAGAUGCAGCGCUGCUUGUACUAUGGCUACUAUGCCGUUGCCUGUGAGCUGCCCAUCUGUUGCGCCUCCGCCGAGGCCAGUGCCGACUUCAAUGUCCACACCUUUGCGAAUCCACAGGCCAUGGAAAUGAAGCGUCGCCAGCUGUUUGCCAGCGAGCGAGUGCGUCAGACGGUCAAGGCUGCACUGCUGACAUUCGAGCAGCAGGGAAUACUGGAAAUGCCCUAGAAAAUGGUGCUGUAAAUGUAUUAUGGAUUACGUAUAGUAUUCUGUAGGUUUCUGUAAUGUAUUUUAGAGUAAUUCUGUUCUUAAAUGUUUCUUCACGUUUUAAUGUACAUUUUCCACUGAU